AUGGCAACUAUUGACGGCGCCCAUGUUCUGGCCGAGUCUCUUAAACAACAAGUAAGGGCUCUUAUAGAUAUUAUUUUAAAAUUUUAUUUACUUUAAUCUAAACAAUUUAGUUUAACCUCUUUGUUUGUUAAACUUAGAAUUCGAAAGUUUCUAAUCUGAUUUUUUGCUUCAGGGAGUAGAAUAUGUCUUUGGGAUUGUCGGCGUCCCAAUUAUCGAAGUCGGAUUGGCCUGUCAAGAACUCGGCAUCAAGUACAUUGGAUGCAGAAAUGAACAAGCUGUAAGAACAUCUACUUCACUACUCCUAACAACUCUAAUCACCAACUUAAAAUUAUUUUAUAGGCUUGUUAUGCCGCUCAAGCGAUGGGUUAUUUGACAGGAAAGCCGGCCGUUUGUCUGGUCGUCUCUGGGCCCGGCGUUCUCCAUACGAUUGGAGGAAUGGCCAAUGCCAAGAUCAACUGCUGGCCAUUGAUUGUGAUCGGAGGAUCGGCGGAUAUUGAGUUGGAUAACCGGGGGUCUUUCCAGGAAUGGCCUCAAGUCGAGGCUGCCCGUCCUUACUGCAAACAUGCCUCCAGGCCAACUACAGUCCAAGCCAUCCCUCAACAUGUUGAAAAAGCAGUCCGAACCUCGAUUUAUGGCCGCCCUGGAGCUGUUUAUAUUGACAUCCCCGGGAAUAUUGUGAAUGAAUCGGUCCCUCAGUCUACUGUAGAGUGAGUUACAGUAAUACUAAUGAUAUGAUAUGACUUCAGACAAUCCCAGCCCUGUCCCUUGUACUCUCCCGUCUCCAGACCUCCAGAUUCUUCCAUCAGAUAUGCUUUGGAUGUCCUGAAAUCGGCAAAAAAACCUUUAGUGAUCGUUGGAAAGGGGACUCAAUGGAGUGAAAGGGGAUGUUCCCAGUUGAGGCAAUUCAUCCAAGCCACCCAAUUGCCUUAUUUGAAUACUCCUGGAGGAAAAGGAGCCCUCCCAGACGAACAUGAACUUAGUAUUGGCGCUGCGAGAUCUUAGUAGGCUUCGCUAAUUUUCACAAUUAUCCAAACAUACUAUACAAUAAGUUUCGAAAAUAUUGAUGUUUCAGUGCUCUGAAAGAAGCGGACGUUGUCCUUUUGGUUGGUGCUCGUCUCAAUUGGAUCCUUCAUUUUGGCGCUCCACCUCGUUUCCAAAAAAAUGUAAAGAUAAUUUACAUUGAUAUCGCGGCCGAAGAAUUCCAUCAGAAUGUCCAUACGGAAGUCCCUUUGCUUGGAGAUAUCGGGGAAACUGUUGAGAGCGUAAGUCAUGCGUGAAAUUUUACUGUAAAUUAAACAAGCUUUUCAUUUUUUUGAAGUUUCGGAAGUUUUUUUACAACAGCAAAAGCAAUCAUGAUUGCCCUUACUUUUUAUUUUCCUUUAAUCUUCAGUUGAGACACGAACUUCAAGGCUGGAAAUACAACCGUUCCUCGACUUGGUUCAAGACCCUCCUCGAUAAAUGCCACAAGAAUUCGGAGACUGUCAACAAAAUGGCGGCCGAGAAUUCAACCCCCCUCAAUUAUUACGCAGCCUACGAGCCAAUCCGAGAUAUUGUCCGUAAGAAUAAGGUGAUAAUCGUAAAUGAAGGUGCCAAUACCAUGGAUAUUGGACGGACCAUGUUACCCAAUCAAGAACCGAAGAGAAGACUGGACGCGGGCACAUUCGGAACGAUGGGAGUGGGGCUCGGAUACGCACUGGCUGCAGGGCUUUAUUGUCGGGAUUAUGCUCCCGACACGAAAGUUUUGUGUAUUGAGGGAGACAGUGCCUUCGGAUUCUCGGGAAUGGAAUUCGAAACAAUCGCGCGUUACAAACUACCAGUGGUUUGUGUAAUCAUCAACAAUAAUGCGAUCACGAAGGGAUUCGAGAAGGACUUCUACGAGGCUGUUAAAGAUGCUGACCCAACCAUUGCUCUGCCAGUCAUGUCCUUGCAAUACGAGUGCUCUUAUGAGAAGAUGGGGCCGGCUUUGGGAGGAAAGGGAGUGCUUUGUAGAACAAAACCAGAAAUCAGCCGGGCAAUUCAGGCUGGAUUCGCGGAGAAGGAGACCCCCACCUUGAUCAAUGUCCAUAUUCAGCCAGAUGCCGCGAGAAAAACACAGGAAUUCAGCUGGCUGACCAGAUCCAAGAUGUAA